AGGCCGGGGGUCACGUGACCAGUCAGCUGGUCUUCAGCCAGUGAGCCUGACACGCUACUGUUUACAAAUCAGCGGAGCCCGAGUGAGCAGAAUGAGGCUUCCUGCGUGAUCCGAACAGAAACGAUCCUUUCCUUCUGAGUCUCAACUGACGAGAAACACAAAGCUGUGACAGUCCAGCUGGGUCGCAGUCAUGCAGCAUCCCAAUUUUGAGACCCGCCAUCCACUCCAGAGUGAAGAUCAUCAGGAGACAGGUUUUGACGCGCUCCAGAGUUUCAACAAGAAUGAAAACAUAGGAGGAUCUCUUGACAGCAGCACUUCGGAGUCUCAUUCUACCUUUCUCUCAUAUAGGAAAGAAUGGGACGACUUGUUUCUCAACAGUAAUUACCUGGCCAGGAUCCGGCAGGCAGGCAUCAAUGGGCGGCUGAGGAGCAGCCGCUUUCGGAGUGUGUGCUGGAAGCUGUACCUGGAGGUUCUUCCAGAGGAUAAAGAGCAGUGGAUAAACAAGACAAAGGAGCUCCGGGGCCAGUAUGAGAAGAUCAAGGAGAUGCACAUUACCAACCCCCGCAAGGCCGCAGGCCAGCAGGACCUUGUGGUGAACAACCCACUGUCCCAGGAUGAGGGGAGUUUGUGGAAUAAGUUCUUCCAGGAUAAAGAGCUAAAGGGAAUGGUCAAGCAGGAUGUGUUGAGAACAUUCCCUGAGAUCCGAUACUUCCAGGAUGAAGAUGUGAGGACCAAGCUGACUGAUAUUCUCUUCUGUUAUGCCAGAGAAAAUGAGCAGUUACUAUACAAACAGGGGAUGCACGAGUUGCUGGCUCCCAUAGUGUUUGUGCUGCACUGUGACCAUCAAGCCUUUCAGCAUGCCAGUGAGACGGCCAGCCCCAGUGAGGAGAUGAAGUGUCUGUUAGACCCAGUGUACCUCGAGCACGAUGCCUAUGCCAUGUUCUCGCAGCUAAUGGAGACAGCAGAGCCGUGGUUCUCCAGCUUUGAAAGGGAAGUGAGGAAGGGUAAAGAAGAAAUGCUGACCACCAUCCCAUUCGCUCGACCCCAGGAUGCAGGGCCAUCUGUUGCCAUAGUAACCAAAGUCAACCGCAUCCAGGACCAGCUGGUGAAGAAGCACGAUAUCGAGCUGCACAUGCAUCUCAAUCGGCUGGAGAUCGCCCCGCAGAUCUACGGGAUCCGGUGGGUUCGUCUGCUGUUUGGCCGGGAAUUUCCUCUUCAGGACCUGCUGGUGGUGUGGGAUGCCCUUUUUGCUGAUUGUAUCACUCUAGACCUUGUGGACUACAUCUUUGUGGCCAUGCUGCUCUAUAUCCGAGAUGCUCUAAUUGCUAGCAACUUCCAGACAUGCCUGGGCCUCCUAAUGCACUACCCCCCAAUAGGAGACAUCAACUCACUGCUGCAAAAGGCUCUGUUCCUUCGAGAUCCCAAAAACAACCCGCGACCUGUGAACUACCACUUCCAGCAGAACCUGGAUUACUACAAAACAAAGGGAGCUGACCUGAUGAACAAGACACGCUCUGGCUCUACAAAAGCUGCUCCACUCAACAUCAACAAGGUCUCCAGCAGUCUGCUCAACUUCGGCAGGAAGCUCAUUGCUCCAGCCAUGUCUGGUGCGUCUAUUUCACCAAUCAACAGCGAGGUACACUCCUCCUCUUCCUCCUCCUCGUCCACCUCCCCGGCCUCGGCCCCUACGCCCAUCUCACCACACCCGCUGGCAGAUCCGUCAGCUCCGACACAGACCCAGGGCCAGGCCCAGACUCAGCACUAUCGCCUGCUCAAGUCUGAAAGCAUGCCUGUCCACCUGAGCAAAGAUGGCGUUUCAGGUGGAGUGUCUCAGGCCUCAGCCCAGACUCACAGUGACACACAAGGCCAAAGCUCGAGGACGGUCAGCUCCUCUACAAGCAUAGAAAGCCUCUCCGGUGGCCGUGGUCAAUCCACCGCCUCCCCGCCUCUUCCCCCAUCCAGAGGGAGUGAUGUCAGCACUUCAUCCCCGCCCCUCUCCGCCACCAAGAAGGAGUCCUUCUUUAACAUCACUCGCUCGCGCUCCCACAGCAAGACUAUGGGCAAGAAAGAGAUGGAAGAAGACCUGGAAGCCCAAGUGUCUUUCCUGCAGGGCCAGAUCAACGACCUGGAGGCCAUGAGCAAAUACUGUGCUAAGAUGAUGAACACACACAUCUGUAAAAUCCAGGAAGUGAUUCUCCAAGAACACAUCGAGAAAGAGGAUGAGGUCCUGGUCUCACUGGCUGGACUCAAACAGAUUAAAGACAUCCUAAAGGGAGCGCUGCGCUUCAACCAGAGCCAGCUGGAAGCUGAGGAGAAUGAAGAAAUCACCAUUGCUGACGAUCACUACACGUCCACAGCAGCAGCAGGUGAAACUGUUCUAAGCACCAGCAGCCUCCACAGUGGCCAGCAACAGCAGGCAAACAUCAGGCCGAGCAGGGACUCCGAGCUGGAAGGGAGCGCGAGCAUGGACGAGAAGGAGGAGGAGCAGGCCAUGACACCAUUUGAUCAACAGGUGGCGUCUUCUCUGGGCUUGGAGGGCAAAAACUGGGACGAUUACAUCCUUAUUUCCCAGGACGGAGACCUACACGCCGAAACUGGAGGAAAGUCUGCAUCCGAGCGCACUCCUCCAAUCAGACGGGGGCGUGGCAUGGUGCGGAUGGAGCCUGAGGGUGCGGCUGGAACUUUCCAAGAUCCCCUAAUGGCAGGCACCACAUCAGGUUCCUCCAGCCCAGAUGAAGGCUCCACCCACAGCAAGGACUCUGACUUUACCAUCGUUAACCCGAACGACCUGUGAACGUGUUAAAUCACCGCCCUAUUCCUUCACCUAUACCCGUUCUGGUUCAUAUCCAUUCAGCGGGGUUUGAUCAGA